AUGUCAAAUGAAAUUUCUGCAGCUGAUUCCCGAAUUUUAUCCUUCAUCAUGAAGCCAGGUGACUAUCCUGACUUCAUUCCAGUGACUGCAGUGCAAGUAAAUAAUCCAAGUUCACCAAAUAAAAGAAUUUCAGAUACAAGUUCAUUUCCAAGCGAAGUCGUUGAUGUAUAUGCUGUAUUAGAUGUCGAAGAUACGAAUGGUGCUAAAGGAAAGCCAUACAGUCCACCGUCAAUUAUAAAAUUAGCAAAUUUAACAAACAAAGGCAUCAAUUUUGUCUCAGGCAAUCAAUCAACCAUAUGUGCAAUCUCCAGUUCCAACAAAAUUUUAACCUCAUCAACAAAUGUCGAAGAUAAUCGUUCAGCUCAUGUAAAUUUCCACAAAGAACCAUCAUUAAAGGAUUACGUAUACUACACGGCAUGUGGCAUGAACCAUACGAUCACAUUAGCCGUAAGACAUGACACUGCUUCGCCCGUAGUUUACGCAACAGGUUCAAAUUCAGAAGGCCAGCUUGGUUUCAAAGGCGAAGACCUCGUAACAUACCAGAAAGAAGUUUCCUUCCCAUGCCAAACCCCUUGUUUCAUACAAGCCGCUUGCGGAAACAAUUUUACAUUAUUAUUAACUGAUACAUGCGAUGUCUGGGCAUUUGGCCACAACCAUCACGGCCAACUUGGUCUGCGAACCCAGCAACAGAAGAUCUUCUACCCACAGCUCGUUUCCUGCCUCCAAGGACUCCCAAUUACCUCAAUUGCCGCUGGUCUCGGCCAUUCCCUCGCUCUUACAAGCACAGGACUAGUAUACGCUGCUGGUCGAAACGAUAAAGGGCAAUUAGGUUCCCCUUCCGCUUCAAUUGACACUUUUAUUCCUGUUGAAUCAUUAAGUUGUGUUUUUAUUGUACACAUUGCAGCUUGCCAGAACACAAGUGCUGCCAUUGAUGAGUUCGGCACUGUUUAUUUAUGGGGAGACCAAUGGGGAUCAACUCCAACUGCUGUAACACUAGAUGCUCCAGAUCAAUUUGUAGAUAUUGCUGUCGGAAAUGAUGGAAGAUUCGCAGCAUUGUCAUCUGAGAACGCUUUGUAUGUUUACGGCUAUUAUAAUGGUAAUGGCCAGCAAAUGAACAAAGUCAUCAAAAUAUUAUACCCUCAACAACCGUAUUUCAGAGUUUUCUCAUGCGGAAACUACUUCGCAGUUCUCGCAGGCCCCAACAAACCAUUACUCAAAGACACAAAUGCAAAGUGUUUAUCAUUGUUGCCGCCCAACCGACCAAUUAUAAAAGAUAGACUCAGAGCGCCACCAAAAGUGUUGUUAUUGAAUGGAGCACAUUUCCCAAGUUUCGUCACAUUCAAGAAUGCCAAACAGAUUGUCAAUACAGUUUUCUCUAAUUUGUCUACGAUAAAUGGCUCUUUUAUUUUAGACAGAUUCUCAGAGAGCCAAACAACAUGUGGUGUAGAUGUAGAACUUGUUAAUUCUGUGUACGAUCAGUUCUCAACAGCUGUAUCUCGACCAUUAAUGGAUGAACUCGAUCGCUGUUUCAUAAGAACAUUGAAGAAUGUACAAGAAAAACCUCCAGCAAUCAUCAGACCAACGACAAUGAGGUUCUUUAUCACUGCAUUGUUGCAUCCAAGUUUAACAACAUUGAGAGGAUCGACAGCAUAUGAUUUCUGGGAUACAUUAGUUAUGACAAUCCUCAAAUUACCACAAGCGAAAGAGAUAUUGAUACAAUGGAUUUCUCUUUUGCAGGAAAAGACAAUAAAACAGAUUCUCAAGUCACUCAAUGACUACUUGAAUGAAACAACAAGUCACACGGGAUUAUACGGUCAGGCAGGAAGAGGAGCUGUUGAUGCAUUGAGAAUAAUAUGGAAUGCAAACAACAGAAGCCAGAAAUUGCCAUUUGAAGCAUUUUACAAUUUCACUUUAUGUGACAAACUCGAUCCAAAACAAGAGAUGUACGGUAUAAGGAAAGACCAACAGAUGGAGUGGUGUUACUGUUUGAAUGCUCCUUGGCUUGUUACUCCUGCUUUGAAGAUUUCGUUGGUCAGAACAAUGGCGGAAUCAAUAAUGAACAAUUUCUAUAUACAAGCAUGUAGAAAUGCAACACAGUUUGAGAACGGAAGACCAAAAAUUGUUGCUGAAGAUGUUUGGCUGAUUUUGAAAGUAAACAGAGAGAAAAUUUUGACAACAACAAUCGAUGAAUUGAAUAAGAUCAAAAACAUAACAUUGCAAGCCCAGAAACGUCUAAAAGUCCAAUUCGAGGGAGAACCAGGUGUAGAUGAAGGUGGUGUUCAAAGAGAAUUCUUUGAUAUGAUCGUUAAAAAGUUGACUUCACCUGAUCUGUCACUUUUUGUACAAAUGAGAGAUUGUUUUUGGUUCAACAAAGAUUUGGAUCCAUUCUUAUUCCCUAACAUUAAAUUGGCUGGCCAAAUUGUUGGAUUGGCCAUUUACAACGGAAACUUUAUAAAUAUCAGAUUUCCACUUGCUCUCUACAAGAAAUUGAAAGGAGUCAGUGUUGGAAUCAAUGAUUUGGAAGAGAUUGAUCCGCAGCUUGUUUCUACACUGAUGAACAUUCUUUCGUACGAAGGAGAUGUUGAAAAUGACAUGUGUCUUGACUUCACUUAUGAAAAUGUCGAAUUAGUUCCAAAAGGAAGUCAAAUUCCAGUGACAAACGCGAACAGACAGAGUUACGUUGAUUUGAUUGUUGACUACGUUUUGAACAAGUCCAUUGACGAACAGUUCAGGAAGUUCAAAGAAGGAUUCUUCACAAUUCCAACGAAUUUGGACAUGCCGCUGUUCAGACCAGAAGAACUGAGUUUGAUGGUCGCAGGAGAGGACGAAUUAGAUUUCACAGCACUGGAAAAGAACACGACAUAUGAGAACUACACUACAGAUUCGCCUGCAGUGAAACUCUUCUGGAAGAUCGUGAGAGAUAAACUGAACAUCGACGAAAAGAAGAAGUUGUUGUAUUUCGUUACUUCGUCUCCAAGAGCUCCAAUUGGUGGAUUGGGUAAAGUUCCGUUCAAGAUCAUGAGAGAUGGAGAUCCAAACCAUAUCCCUACUUCUCACACUUGUUUCUACAUUUUAGUUCUUCCUGACAUAACUGACGAAGCAACAAUGUUAAAGAGAAUUAGAAUUGCUAUUGAAAACUCUCAGGGUUUCCAAUUCAAAUGA